GUGUCACGGAGUCCCUGAAAGAAUGACGUAACCUUAAUUCCUCGACGACGGAACGGGGAGGUCCUUUUUACAGCCGAUUUUGUAGGCAAAUUUGCUCUUAAGACUCUGUCUCCCAGCAGGCAUUGCUGCUAAAGCAUCGUUAACGGCCUUUGAGGCCUGGAGGAAGUGGGAGGGUACGCUGGGAGUCGUGGUUUUUCUUCAUUUCGAACAGAAGUGCUGGCGGGAACUUGAGUGGUAGAGGAAAUCGUUACCCAACUCGGCUAGAGACCGCUUCAAACGGACGGCUUCCAUUUUGUUCUCCCGCCAGUGUGUUUCUCUUUUCUCUUGUUCUUUUGGGUUUUGUGACGCUCGUGAUGUCUCGCGGGCAGGAGCGAGUGGUGGCGCUGGCGGACAUGGACUGUUUCUUCAUGCAAGUGGAGCAGCGCCUGGAUCCCAGUCUCCGUGGCAAGCCGUGCGCCGUAGUGCAGUACAAGGCGUGGAAAGGCGGCGGGUUAAUUGCUGUGAGCUAUGAAGCUCGUGCUUUUGGAGUUGCCAGGCAUAUGUGGGCUGCUGAUGCCAAGAAGCUGUGCCCAGAUCUUUUGUUAGCUCGAGUGCCAGAGGCCCAUGGCAAAGCAGAUCUCUCCAGAUACCGGGAAGCCAGUGUGGAGAUCAUGGAAGUGAUGUCACGCUUUGCUGUAAUUGAACGUGCCAGCAUUGAUGAGGCCUACAUGGACCUAACAAGCGCUGUGCAAGAAAGACUUCAGAAACUACAAGGCCAACCUAUUGGAGUAGAACAGUUGGCAACUACAUAUAUCCAGGGAUUUCCAGAUAGCUUUACUGCAGAGAACACUCACAACAAAGAAGAGCUGCGACAGUGUGGUUUGCACCAGUGGCUUGAGUCAUUGCCCUUUGGAGAUCCCAGCAAUCCAAAGCUGCAGCUGACAAUGGGAGCAGUAAUUAUGGAAGAAAUGAGGGCAACUGUGGAAUCUGUCACUGGCUUUACGUGUUCAGUUGGAAUUUCUCACAACAAGGUAUUAGCAAAAUUGGCUUGUGGCCUCAACAAGCCUAAUCGGCAAACACUGGUGUCACUGAACUCUGUCCCACGGCUCUUUAGCACGAUGCCAAUCAGCAACAUCCGCAAUCUUGGAGGAAAGUUAGGUGCCUUUGUCACUGAACUUCUGGGAGUGGAGUACAUGGGACAGUUGACCCAGUUCAGUGAAUCACAGCUUCAGACAUACUUUGGAGAUAAGACUGGCUCCUGGUUGUAUGACUUAUGCAGAGGGAUUGAGUAUGAGCCUGUUAAACCUAGACAGUUGCCAAAGUCUAUUGGCUGCAGUAAGAACUUCUCUGGAUUAGCAGCUUUGGUUACUCAGAAACAGAUACAAUACUGGAUUUUGCAGCUGGCCUUAGAGCUAGAGGAGAGGCUAAACAAGGACCGAGAUCAAAACAACCGGGUAGCUAAACAGCUGAGUAUUGGGAUCCGUAUGCGGGGUGAUAAACGUGCCAGUGCCUUAUCUCGCUACUGUGCCCUGUCACACUAUGAUGCCCAGAAAAUCAGCAGAGAUUCAUUUGCACUUAUCCAGAACUGCAAUACAGCAGGAAGCCAGCAAGCUGCAUGGUUUCCUCCAAUCACAGUUCUCCACCUCACUGCAAGCAAGUUUUUGGAGGGUUCCAAAGUGUCUUCUGGGAAUAUUACUGCCUUUCUGACAGGUGAUACCCAGUGCAUCCCACAGACUAGCACCAGUUCAAGCAGUCCAAAUGCCAAGUCCCUUGGAAGUCCAAAAAAGGAGAUCAGUAAGAAGGCAGUCAAUACUAUUCAGAUGCUCUUUCAAAGGGCAGCAGAAAGGAAACAAGGCCAGGCUAUGGUUGGGUCUUCUCUUCCUGCUGUCACUAAUGUAAAGGCAGAACUAUCAACAUUGGAGACUGCUAUCUGUCAUGAUAAAGGAUCCAUUCCUCCCAUCAGCAGCCAGAGUCCAAAAGGCCAUGUGGAGCUAUCUAUUAAUAGAGGCAAUUCAGACUCUUUGCAGAACCAGCUCUUUGUAGAACAGUCUCUGUCCAGUUUUCAUGCAGGGCCUGUGGAAAUCCCUUUGGCUAGUCAUACUUACACAGCACCUUCAGAAAGACUAGAGGCCUCUUCAGAGGUACCUGAUCAGUGGAAAGAAGAGAAUGUGCAACCUGUUCUUGGACCUUCCUGGAAAGAAGCUGAGGGUUGGGCCCCUUCCUCCUUUUCAGAGGACCGGAUGCUGUGCGAGAAAUGUAACCAACAGGUAUUGGUGUCAGAGUUCACAGAACACUUGGACUACCACUUUGCUGUAGAGCUACAAAAUUCUUUUUUGGAAUCCAGCUCCUUCAGCCCUCCAGCUAAGGGCAAAAGCCAACCCAAGACUCCCACAGGCUCUAGAGACAAACGACCAAGGCAAGACACAGUCAGGACUUUGGAUUCCUUUUUUAAGCGAGUACCUCGUUAGAUUGCAGCUUAUUUACGCAACUGGAACAUUAUCUUAGAAGAAGGUGACACUUUUAUUUGCCUGCAUCUUUCUUGUAUCCAAAACAUGCCUAUUCAAUUAUUCCCGAGUGGUGCUUUGACGACUGCAGGAACUUUUGUGUUGGGGGGAAACAGCAGUUUUGCAUGCCUUCUGCAGCUCCUUUUGUUACCUUAACCACAAUUUAAGAUACUAGAUACACAAGCCCUCUUCAGAUUGAUUGAUCAGUGUUGCAACUCAUAGAAUUGCCCUUGAACAUACUUAUGGUGCCUACCCCUUUGAACAAACAGCACUGUAAGCGUGUUUGACAGCAGGAGUUUCUCUCUGCUUUUGCCCUCGUAAGCCUGAGUGCCCACAGUGCUCAAUGGCUGAAGAGGGCUAUAGUGUCAGGCUGCUACUCAAAUGCUAUAAACCUGCAGUUUUUGAUGCAAUUUGUUUUAUGCUAGCAACAUAUAACCUCAUGAUUAGUUUUUGUGAUGGAGCAGCAAGUAAAUGCCUUUGUUCUUGAA